AUGGGCCGGAGUGAUACCGAAGCGAUACCGAAGCUGCCAGGAUGUACCACCAAUAGAUUCGACACCAAUAGGCCGGUAGCGUACUUUACUGACAUUCACCAUAGGAACCUCGGAAGGGGUCGUUAUGAAAUCGUGGAAGGAGGCGAUAUAGGGGCGUUCAAGUUCGCCGUUGGAGGCUGCGGUGACCACCCUAUGGAUCCAGAGAGGUUACGUCUCACCCACUCCCUCAUAGAGUCUGAGUCGCCCAUGAACCGUCUAUCACUAUACAGCUUCCAACCUGCUACCUUCGAUGAGCUUGCUGUAUUCCACGACAGGCGGUACCUAGAGUUCAUUCGGAACCCCUCAGAGGCCGAUCGGAAGAAUCACGCAGUGGACCCGUUCGUCAAGUACAACUUGUCCUUAUUGCCAUGGACUGAUUGCACUCUAUUCGAGGGUGUCUACGACUACUGCUGUCGAACAGCUGGAGCAUCGCUUGAUGCAGCACAGUGGUUAUGCGACAACACGGACGAUAGGCCAAUAGCCAUUAACUGGAAUGGAGGCAUGCAUCACGCUCACUGCGCUAAUGCUGCUGGCUUCUGCUAUGUCAAUGACAUCGUAUUGGCUAUCGUUAAGUUACUAGAAAGGUAUGAACGGGUACUCUACGUCGACAUAGACUACCAUCAUGGUGACGCCGUGGAGGAAGCGUUCUACUCCUGCCCUCGAGUCGUUACAUUAUCAAUACACUCAGCACCCUCCAAGAGCAACACUAUCUCCUUCCCUGGCACGGGUGCCAUAUACGACAUAGGCCCAGAAGGAUCACCAGCCAAGGGCCAUGCCGUGAAUCUGCCGAUGAAGCCAGGCCUUUCGGACGACAUGUUCCUCUAUGCUCUCCGUACUACGUUGAGCACUCUAGUUCAGCGUUUCCGGCCUAGUUGCCUUGUGGUGCAGUCGGGGUCGGACUCAUUGGCUGGGGACCUCCUCACGUCGCAUAGCGGAUUCAACCUCUCAACUCGAGGGCAUGCCACUGCGGUACAAGAACUGCGGAGGCUGGGUAUACCUACUUUAGUACUAGGAGGCGGCGGUUACAGCCUUACGAGUGUUGCUAAAUGCUGGUCCAUGGAGACAGCUGUUUGGUUGAAUCGAGGAGAGCCGUUCCUCUCCCCGGGGGCCGAGGAUAGCUGUAUACCCUCCACGGACCAAUACUACGUACGAUACGCUGCUUCUACCAGUGUACAUGUCAAAGCCCAAGCCGAUCUCAAGGAGCACAACUCUCGAGAUAGCGUGGAGCAUACUGUUAAUACGGUUUUGAGCAAUAUCAAUGAAUACAUUCCGAUAGCGCCUUCCGUCCCUCUGGGGCUCAACUUACCUGCUGUCCAGGACACCAAGCGGAGGCGACGCUCAUCCAGUUUCCAUGCGGAUAGUAAGGGCGAGCCAAGCCCGUCACGACGCAUUCCUCCACGGAGACGAGUGAACAAGGACAGGAGUUGACGCUCUAUUACUAACUCACUUCGUCAGACGGCCAUACAGGGAUGUAUUCCUGCUCCGAGACGAUCCACGACGAGGUCGUCGUCCGACCGGGAGCGCUAACCUGCUGCUGCUGGUGAUGAUGAUGUUCAUUGAUUUACUUCAUGGGAUGUUCCCAGUUCAUAACCACAGACGCUGUACAUUCUGUACGACUUUAUCCCAAUACGACGACGCCAUU